AACGGAAACGGAAUGAGGCCGGCAAGUAGGAUGCGGAAGUGUCCGUUACAGUGGGAGAGCUCGGCUGCCCCGCGGUUGCCACCAUGGCAGCGGCUGGGGGCCCCGGAGGCGGCGUUGACAGUCCGGUGGCGACGGCAGGUAACCGACAGCUGAAGUACAUCAGUUUAGCAGUCUUGGUGGUGCAAAAUGCCUCUCUCAUCCUCAGCAUUCGCUAUGUGCGCACUUUGCCAGGGGACAGAUUCUUUGCUACAACAGCGGUGGUUAUGGCUGAAAUUCUUAAAGGAAUCACCUGCCUACUGCUCAUCUUCAUUCAGAAGCAAGGUAAUCUGAGAAAGUUUGCUGCCUCUUUAUACGAUUCCAUUUUGGUACAGUAUAUGGACACUCUCAAGCUAGCAGUGCCUUCUCUCAUUUACACCCUACAAAACAAUCUGCAGUACGUGGCCAUCUCCAACCUGCCAGCAGCUACCUUCCAGGUCACCUACCAGCUGAAGAUCCUCACCACAGCUGUCUUCUCGGUGCUGAUGCUCCGCAAGAGCCUGUCCAGUCUUCAGUGGCUGUCCCUCAUGCUUCUUUUUGCCGGUGUAGCCAUUGUCCAAGUGGAACAGCAGCAGGCAGGAGGCAAGCCAGCCCCCAAGGGCCAGGGGAUGCAACAAAGCUACAUGGUGGGACUUGUGGCCGUGGUGGUGUCCUGCCUCUCAUCCGGCUUUGCUGGGGUCUAUUUUGAAAAGAUCCUCAAGGGCAGCACAGCCUCGGUUUGGCUACGUAACGUCCAACUGGGCAUCUUCGGGACCUUGCUAGGGCUGUUGGGACUGUGGUCCACUGAGGGGGCAGCCGUAGCUCAGCAUGGAUUCUUCUUUGGCUACACCCCACUGGUGUGGGGAGUGAUCCUGAAUCAGGCUUUUGGUGGCCUCUUGGUGGCACUGGUUGUGAAAUACGCCGACAACAUCCUCAAAGGCUUUGCCACCUCCUUCUCCAUUGUGGUGUCCACCGUGGCUUCUAUCUACCUCUUUGACUUCCACCUCAACCUACUGUUUGCUCUAGGAGCAGGCCUGGUCAUAGGGGCUGUCUAUCUAUACAGCUUGCCCAAGGGAGCAUUGUCCAGUCGAUCCCUGGUGGGUGCAGCUAUCCAGCAGCAGCAGGGCCAUGGAGCACAAAGCAAGGAACUUCCUUCCGUGACUACAGAUGGCUUCCUGACCAAGGUCUCAGCUAAAGAGAAAGGUUCUUAAAGCAGCAAAGAAAACCACCACAGAAGACUUCAGCACCAUUUCCGCUGUGAUGCUUUCCUGGAUUAAUGAAACCUUCUGCCAACGCUUACGGGAUGCAGAACAAUUCACGGCAUUCUCAGACGUGCCUUUUGGUCGCCCGAUGCGCUUUUUAUCGAGCUGGUCUCUCGUUAAGACCUGCCUCACAUACAGGACUGAACCAGAGGGAUUCCAGUAGCAAUUAAUGGUCCAUUUAGAGACGAUCAAUUAUAUCAUCCCAGAGGAGUAAAGGAGCUAUUGGAGCUGAUUUUUUUUUUAAAUGACGCAAUACCCUUAACUGAUUGUCUCAGUAACAUGGUGUGCAAUUUGAAUUCUAAGGUUUGUUCCUUGUGUUUGCCAAAUUCUGCCAGGAGUCUCUUACAAAUUGCAACACGGAGGACCAAUUCUUUCUCCUUCCCUGAUUCUGCUUUGUUUACAAUACAGCUGGGAUUGGGGGGGGGGGAGAGAAAUUUUAUAAGUUCAAAAACUUGCUCAAUACCUUUUGAGAUAUUAAUACUAAUUAUAGAAUGGUCCUAGGUGGCAGUAUGAGUGAGUUCAGGAAGAAAAUAAUUAUGCGUGAACCACCCUUGCCCCCCCCGAUUCUUGUGCACUGAGAUUGAUUCCGAACAACCGUUCUGUUCUGAAUGACAGACAUUAUCAGAACAGUUGUUAACUUGUCUUAAGGCUUUGCUCUUAUUCCACCUGAGAAUCUGCAGCAGAGACUAACCAAAUCUAAACUCCAUGGCUUAGCUCUGCAUUGCUUUCCGCAGCUGAGCUGGCAAAAGUCUGGUCUGGGCAAAUCCAGAUUUUGGAGACCAAAAAGAAGACAACCUACUAACUUGUUGCUUUCCAUUCCUGUUUCUCUUUGUGCACUGAGCCUUUCCCUCCCUUGUACAAAGGGAGAGAGUGUUCCUUUUUACUCCUUAUGGCUCCCCCCCCCCAGCCAUGUAUUAGUGCAGAACUGUAGCAUUGUAUCAAGUAUUAAUUGCAUUAUAAAGACAGUGUUGAGAUUAUAUGGAACUAAUGUGUUACAUUUUAAAUACUACUAUGCAGCUUUGUAUAUUUUAUUUAUUCUUGUAAAAACAUAAUACAGAUUCCUCAAGCAAGCAAGCAAGCCAGGUGUCAACUGAUCAUUUAUUAAGCAGAAUCAAACAGCUGCGUGUCUUAGCUACUCUGAGCUGGGGGAGGAGGAGGGGGCUGGAAGGUGCGCUGGCUUCCAUCUCCUUGCCUUGGCUGGGCCUUCCUAGCCAGACUCUACAAACCUGUUUGCAAACGUUUUCUUUAUGCCGUGCAAAUAUUGUAAGCUGAUAAAAAUUGUUAUAUGGGAAAAACCAAAGCGUGUUUUCCCUCAACUUUUUAUAGACAUUCAAAGUGGGAUGGGAGAAGGAGAUGGAGACCCGUGAGGAGACUGUUCUCUGCAGAAGUCAGCAGGUCGAUCAGUGUUAAAACCUCUUCCGCAG